AUGGCGUUGGCGUUGUUGAUGUGCGAUGGCGAAGCUGACGUAGACAAAAGAGCGGCAGGCGGACAGCCACCAGACUCAGUAUUAUUAUUAUUAUUCCGUGGCAGAGAUCGUGAUAUUGACGACGUUGGCGAUGUUGGCGAUGUUGGCGAUGUUGAUAGCAACCAGACCAGCCUCGAUAGAUACAGCAAAAAGGACAGAAGAGACAGCGAGAAAAAGACACUACUGAGGAAUCAAAAGAGACAAGACGCAAGAGAAAGACUCAAGACAGAUCCACCGCGGGUUCCUGAAACCCUUCGUCAACCUGUCUUACUCCCAUCCCAUUCCCAUCGCGUCAAAUCAAGCCAGGCCGCCUCCAAGGCAGGCCUUGUCCUGCUGGCUGCUGCUGGUCCUCCUGCUGGUCCUCCUGCUGGUGCUGCUGCUCUCUUCGCUGCUGGCCUGCUUGCCUUGCCUCUCUGCCCGCCCGCCCGCCGAUCGCCCAUCGCCCAGCCAGCCAACCGUCCGCCCCCUUUUAAUCAAAAGGAAAAGGAAAAGGCAAAAAAAAAAAAAAAAAAAAAGAACUAG